GAGAAAAGGUGCCCCAAAUGAAGUUUGCCACAGAUACCUGAAUUAUAAUACUGUUUGGAACUGAAAACCAAGAAAAUUGCACCUUCUGGAGAUUAGAUUCCAUGGAGUCGAAUUCCAGCACUGUGGUGGUGACUGGUUUUGGUCCCUUCAGACAAUACCUGGUUAAUUCUAGCUGGGAAGCAGUGAAGGAGCUGUCCAAGAGAGGCCUUGGUGAAAACAUCGAUCUCCGGAUCAUGCAGCUGCCAGUGGUUUACCAAAAAGCAAAGGAGCAAGUCUGCAAGAUAUGGACAACUCUUCAGCCACUGCUUACAGUUCAUGUUGGGCUGGCUUCCUCCGCCACAGCGCUCAUCAUCCUGGAGCAGUGUGGGAAGAACAAAGGCUACCACGAGAGGGAUGCUUGUGGUUUUCACCCAGAAGGUGCCUGCUGCGUGCUAGAUGGCCCAGAAAAGAUUGAAUCUACAAUUAAUAUGAAGAGUCUCUGGAGAAACAUCUCAGUGGAAGGGAUUGAUAUCAUCCUUUCCAGAGACGCGGGAAGGUACAUCUGUGAUUACACCUACUACACUUCUCUGUAUUAUGGCAAUGGAAAAGCUGCUUUCAUCCACGUCCCUCCAUUAUCUGAGUCAGUAACAGCAGAAUUUCUAGGAAAAGCAUUACAGACCAUUAUCUUAGCAAUGUUAGAACAGUGUGUGGAACAAAGAGAGAUGGAUCAUAGAGGGGAAAAAUGAUGAUUUCUUAGAAUGCAAUUCUUUACCUCUUAAAUGAAGCAGUUCUAAAGAUUAUUUAAAACACACACAAAGGAUUUUAUAGCCCAUGUUAUUUUCAGUGAAAUUUCCUUGCAAAACCCAACCAACCAUUUGCAACUCUUAGAAAAGGCUUGAGGGGAAAAAAAAAACCCAAAUGAUUGGUGGUUCAUAUUGCUAACAAUACAGUUGUUCAGAUUUCAGAAAGCGUGAAACUGGACUGGAAACAAUUUAGAUGCUUAAUCCUGGUUGUGUUGGUUAGAAAGACACGAAUAAAGACUUGCUGACCCCAGAUGGAUGCUCACAGCUACAAGGACUCAGCACAGGAUGGAUGUUACCAGAGGCCCCCCUCAGCCCCUGUGUGAGUCCAGAGUUCAGGCCACAAAAAACGUGGCUAUGGGAGAAACCAUAACACACUUGGGCAUUCUGGUAUGUGGAGUUUUAAAAUUCUGCCUUACUGACCUGCUGUAGAUUCUCCUUUCCACAUCAACAACAGGCUGUGACCCAGAAUGACUUCAGAGUACAGAGAAAACUGGAAACCAGCAGGAUCUGUAAUGAUCUUGGUAACUUGAAUUUCAACCCAAAACUGCCACUUGCCCCAAAUUCUCAGUGCCUGUCCCAAAGGAAAACCCCAUAGUCCUUCCACAGCCCAAAGGCAAAUCCCACAGCUAAUCUGUCCCAAGAGAGGCAAUCCUGGGGCACUGUGCUGUGGGGAGGGUUAGAGCAUGUGAGGUUACCUACAGAACAGGAACCAAAGCAGAUCCCAAAAUGUAAAACCCAGGACUCCUGCACAUCUCAAACAGCUCCGUACAGAAGUGCUGGUAGCACAGAGGGUCACAGCACUGCCCUUCAGCACACAGGCAAUGUCCAUGCCUGAAACUCUGCUGCCAGGACACAGGGACAAGAUUCAAUCAGUCAGUGGAACAGCACAGCAGCAGCUCAAUCUGGACACCUGGGAUUUCCUGAGGGAAACAAAAGCCUGUUCCUCAAGCACCACCAGUAAAAGGCCAAGACAAACGUAACAGCACAGGCAGCUGCUGGGGCUUUGGGCCACCACUGAGCCUUGUUUUAGUCAACAUGCUGAUGGCCAAGAGUCUGAGGAACUGGAAAUGCCAAGAUAAUGCUGGUUUUCUUGGCACUGUCUUUUCCAGUGUGAAAACCAGGUGCUGCCUGGCUGUGCCUCACAUGGGGAUCACUCUGCAGGUAAAUAAAUAAUUAGCAAUGCUCACCUUAUGCACUGGAACCGCCUCGUGCAAAACUGCUCAAAUCUCAGACAUGAAGGAUCCAAAAUCUGUGUCUCUGGAUGAAGAUGCUUUUGAUUUCUACCAAACAAUGGCAGUACUGACCUCCUAUUAAGAGUAGCUCAGUUAGAUGCAGCCAGAAAGGGCAGAGGAAAACCAGAGCAGCUUUACUCUGAGUUUUCUAACCUGUGCUUGCUUUGCAUAAGGAGCAACAAAAUCAGAAACAAGAAAAUGCAUACAGAAUUCUUUUAUUUAACUUAAAUCAUGUAGUACUGAAACUACUAGAAAAAAGCAGAGUAAGAGAAACUAAAGGAGCCUUAGCUUCAGCCAUUCAAAAUAGACAAAGUUUCUUCUUCUCAUAAUGUAAAGAAUCCCGAGUAUAUCGCAAUAACAGGAAUAAAUUCUUACAACAGAAUAUACAAAAACAUUUUGAAAUUUUUUUUUAUCUACUGAUUCAUUUUAAUAUAAACACAGGAAUUUCUUUAGGAAUAAUUUAUACACAGCAAGUCUUUUUAUGUAAUAAAUUGGCCAUGUUAUUUUUUAAUUUUCUCUUUAAAAAAUUUAAACAAGAAAAAUUGGAAAAUGUAUUUGCAACUGCAUCCAUUCCUUAGCACUUUCUAUUUUUUUGUCCCAGAGGUAGACAAACUCUGGCCAAUCCUUUCAUCUCAAACCUCACUGGUUCAGAAAACAGAAGAAGAGAAAGGUGUCCCUGUCCACAGCAGAGAGGUUGGAUCUUCAAGCUUUUUAAAUAACAAUAAAUAGGGACCCUGCCUUGCUCAUUUCAACAAAGCUUCCAAUGGUGCUCAACAACUUUAGAGGCUGCACACAAGCAUUUAAAGUGAUAAGAAAUUUGUAAAUAAUUCUUCAAUAGCCAUUACCAAAACCACCUUCCCUCUUUCCCUUCCGCAGUCACAUCCUUCAAAGCCCCCGUGGUGCAGGUGCUGAGCGGCCCCGAGAGCCUGGGGAGCAGCAAACCCCGCUCUGUUUCCCCACCAGUGAGGUUCCUGUCAUCCAUGAAGGUAACUGCCCUAGACAGCAAGUGAAAUGACCAGGUAAGAUGAUCCCACCCCAACCAGAGGGCUCUGGAAGACCAGGAUACUGAAGAUACAGAACAUUUUCCCAACUCCUUUAUGCACUCUCUGUAUGCUGGGUCACAAAGCGUGGGCGGGACGGGGGAGAGGGACAAGCCAUGAAUUGGACAAGUCAGCGAUUCCUUUUUGGCAUAUUGUAAAGCUAACUAGUAACUGGUACCAUGGAAAAACUGAUCACAGACAGACACACCCACACACAGACACAGAAAAGUGCCCUUAAAUUAUAUUUUAGGCAUUUAUAAACUACUAUCAUUUUAUAAAAUUAUUCUAUGUACUUACAAAACGCAAUGAAACAUGUAAUUAGUUCUUGUAAACCAGAUCUUCGUCAACUGACUACCCGUAAUCUACUGGACUUAAAGCCCUAUUGAAAAUGCUAAUUAAUGGUUACUAAUCAACGGAACGCAUACCCAAAAAAAUAUUUAUGAGCACACACACAUAUGCACACACACAAACUAGUGAAGUCCUAAGGUACUUGCAAAACAGGCCGACCGUAGGUGAGAGAUCUGUUCAGGCUGACGACCAACUAUUGUCACCCUCCUGGUAAGGAAUUUACUGCUCCAGCUGAAAUGUCCAGAGGUUCAUUUACAAGUACCAAUGAUCAGAAUUGUGACACCUGAGCAGUGAUGCUGUCCCAUGUAGAUUAAGAUCAGGGUACUACCUCAAACUUCUGUCAAGCCCUGUGUCUCUGCAAAUCCCCACUGCUGCGUCCUUUGUUUUCAGGUGUCUCCCCACAAACUCCUCCGUGCUGACUGACCCAGCUGCUCCAUGUCAGAGGCUGUUCAGCACCUCUGAGCAACCACUUCGGAAUCGAGGUGUCCUUCAAAGCCCUCCUGUCUAUCUGAGUUCUGUAUCUUCAGCACCCCUGGCCACUUGUGGUGUUUCUACACAUCAUUCUUCAAUAAUUGUCUGCACAUCUACUCAUGGGUUAAGUUGCAAUAUCUGGCUUUAUCACUGGUUAGUAAGGAGUGGAUCCCUUGCACCUUCCUCCACUGUUGUUCAGCCCAGUGAUUGAAUACACGGUUGACAAACAAAAUAAGAAUAACAGGAAACAAGUGUUACUUGUACUAAUGGAAUGAAAAGGGUUUAAAUAUAUAUAUAUAUCUAUAUUAUAGAUAUACAUAUGCAGAUAUAUAUAUGUAUAUAUAGAUAUAUAUGUAUGGAGUUACACCAACAAUAGGAGCGUUGUUCACUUAGACUCGGAUUGUACCCAACACCCCUCAGCAGUUCCCAGAGGGCCUGGCAGCAGCUCCCUCUGGUCACCACUCAUCCUACACAAACUGGGUUUGCUUUCCUUUAAGAGACCAAGAGGAGCAUCAGUGCGGCCGCAGCUGGAACCACACAGCACUGGGCACCGGCUGGGAGGAGCAGGGGCAUCACACAGGGUGGCUCCACACCUUGCACCGUGCUCGGCUGCCACCUCUGGUUCAUCAUCCCGCCCAGGGAGCCCCUGAUUCAGUGCCACGGCUGUGUUUGCACAGCAGUUGUGUUCCCUGCAGCCAAACCACCUCCUCUGCCACGGGCACUCUGCAAUGCCAGCCAGGAGAGCCCCCCAGCCGAGCCCUGCAGUCCCAGCCGCCUGCUCCCCUCGGUGACGCCAGCUCCUUAUCCCACUGCAUCGAAACAUCUUGGUGCCAUUCGUCAAAAUGCUGGUUUUCAGGGCUGGGUGGGCUUUUGUGUUUAAUUUAUAAACAAACUGGAUUACUUUAACUUUAUUCAAACAUAGCUGAAGUUCUAAAUAAAUUUUCCAUACCAGACAAGCCAGUGGUCUCAGGGAAGAACAACAUUACAAACCAUAUUAUGACUCUAUCAAGCCAACAUUAAUUCUCAGUUGUUCACAUGCACAAACAACUCGAUUUACUGUCCAAGGGAAGUCUGCAUGAAAAACCCAUGUGAAUAAAGCUAUUCAAAAUGCACAAAACACAACAAAAAAAGCUAUGGAAACAAACAGAACGAAAAGGGAAUUAAGCUUGAAUCGCAAACACAGAAUGCAAUGGUAUCAUGAAGGUGGUUUGGUCCAGGAGAGCUGACUGCCAUCACGCACACGGACGCGAGGCCUCGUGGCUGUCUUCUACUGAAGUGCUUUUUGAAAUGCUUCUCGUGAUGCUACGUCAUUAGUGUUUCUUCCUAAUGCAUUGUAAAACCACCUAUGUACAAUUCUACAAACCAGUAACUCGGACAGUUUUAACAAAACCCUCCUAGCCAGCUGAAAGAUCUGAGGAUCUCCAGUUGUGGUAAUCAAUAUGUGCAAGGGAGGGGAACAGCCACUGCACCGAAAGGUCACUAGAACAUCAUCAAACACGGAAAACCAAACCAAUCUAGUGAAAACUUCCAAUUUUGCUGGUUUCUCAGGACUAGGGAGAAAUGCUCCCUCCAAAGACAAGCUGUAGUAAUUAACCACAGCGCUGUGUAUCCAAGAGGCCGGGUGUAACUCCAAGUAGCCAAGCACCACAUUACUCAGAUACCACAACCAACACCUGCACGAACAGCUGCCAGAGCUGGAAAAAGGGAAACAUUAUACAGCAAGUUGAUGGCAAGUUCAUUUUAGUCCUGUGUGCUUGUAAACCAGUUACACGCUGCCAGAGGGCAGUUAAAGUUUGAUGGCUGGUCCAUCAGAAUCCACAGUUAUAAUGCAUAUAAACAGGGGAAGAAAAGGGAACUGACUUUUUACUGGCACAUUAAAAGAAAUCAAUUCCUGUUAGUUUUAGAAAAAAAAAAAAAUUUAAAAAUCAGUGCUCUCUUCAAACAGAAGCAGCAAAGACCAAAGCUGUAAAUUUGAUGUAGUAUUAUCAUCAGGCAGCCUGUGACAGGUUUUGGUCAAGAAAGCAAUACCAUCCCCUAUAAGCCAAUUUAUUUUUGGGUUCUGAUUUAGCCAGUUAUCUUUUUGAUGCUUGUGACAUCUGAGCAAGAGCUGGCAGAAUGACUUGGUCCAUUCUACUGGACAAACAGAAAGACCAUUCCCUUUAGUAUUUUUUCUGGACCUUCAAACAUUGUAAACAUUUGAUUUCUGUAACAGAUUUCAGGAAAUACUCACAAUUUGAAGUUUCCAUAUCAGGUCAGCUGCAUUUCCACUCAUCCAAACACACAGCAUUUUGCUGCUGACCCAAGAGGUGCUGUGACAGCAUAUUAAAAAGCCUCUGUGUUUCCUUAAAGAAUGGUCACCCUAAGUCAGAUAACUCUUGGAUUUCUCCUCACAACAACAAAUGUUAAAAAAUAGGAGAAACCCUUUGGAAUUGAGGCAAAUAUUCUGAGGUGACCCUCUGUGACAGGCAGUGACUGUUCCCCUCCAGAACCUAGAGCAUGUGGUAUAUGGAGUGAGAGGUUACCAGUAUCAACGGCAUUUAUUGGCUGCUGAGAAAUGUGAGAUGUAUUUUUUUUUUUAUAUACACACAUAUAAAAAAAUAAGAGUGAGGUAGAUAAAUGUUUGAAAAAAAAAAUCAAAAACUGUCCCCCUGUCAUACUCUAAAACCCUUAUCUCAGUAUUUAAAUUCAUUAUGGGGCAUCUCUACAGUGAUUUAAACUGAUAUCACAAAAUAAAUAAAAAAUCCUACAUAGAAUACCUUCUUAAUUAACUUUUUUGUCUUUUUCAUUUUCAAAAGGGAAAAAUAACUAUGGGACAGAGGCAAGAGAAGAUAAUGGGACCUAAACUACACAAGCAAAAAGCACUACAAACUUUUUAAAAUCUCCAGUCAAAACUAGCAACCAGUAUAUUUUAAUUAAUUGUUCUAACUCAAAAGAUUUGAACAUUUCCAUCCCAGAACCACCUCUUCCUGCCAUCGUUUGGUUGGAUCAGUGCUAAACAAAGGCCUAGACUGGAACUAAGGUAAGAUGAGCAACUGGUAAGACUCCUUGGGUGUCGGCUUCCUGACGGCCCCUCCUUCCCCUCGCACCAAGGCUUCUGCAACUGAACAAACAAGCUCACUCGUCUUUUGUUCUGAGGUUUGGUCUGUGAUUUAAGCCACAAGCUUGGACUUGUACAGGUUUCCAUAGCUGCCAACACUUCACUGUUUGCCAGCCAAGCCGCUGGCCCCAGCUCCGAGCUUCCCACCAGUCCCACGGAAACAGCGCGGGAGCUUCCCUUUGGUUGGGGGGGUUUCUUCACUGGGGGUGGGAAGUGCAGCUCAGGUGCCCUCCACGAGGGCUCCCCUCCACGAGGGCUCCCCUCCACAAGAGCUUCCCCAUCAGGAAGGUGAAGAGCUGGGGCUGGCUGGUGCCAGAUGAUCAAUGGCCACCCUAGGAAUGCCUGGCAUUGCCAGCUGCACCUGGCACAGCUCUUGUCCACAGGGUGAAAGUGUUAAAAGAACUUUUUAAGGAUCAGUGACCCAAAAGCCUGGUGUCUGCUGUUGUACCCAACUAAUAAUUUAAAAAGAAUACAUGUGUGUGUGUGUGUGUGUCUGUGUGGGAUGGGCGGGUGGAUGUGUGCCACGACCAGAACGAGCGGGGAGGGCAGGAGGGGUAGGACCCUUGUACAACAAUGAAUAUAAACACUGAACAAGAAUGUACUAAAUAGUUAACCUUUUGUUUCUGACCUGAGUUUGUAUCACGCCUUGCACUGUAAGAGACUUGUGUGCUGUCUGGGCAGAGGUUAGUGGGAAGGAAGGAAAACUGGGGCUUAAAAACACUGCACCACAGCACUGCCAGAGUAUUCCUGUGCAGGGUGUCCCUUCUUUCUCCUUGUCCCCCUCCAAAACCCUGUAACCCACACAGCCAAGAUGUUGUAAAACAACUAAUGGGAAGGAGAGAAAAAAAGAAAAAAAAAAAAAAGAAAAAAAAAUGUAUUUAUAAAAAGGCAUUAAACAGUUCAUGGCAAAUCAUAUGAAAGGUAUCAGUUACUGGGAAGGAGGAAGUAAAAGUUACACACUAUAGUACAAAGCAUAAGAAAAUUUGUUGAAGUGGAAGGGAAGGGAAGGAGGGCAGACCUGAAGGUUUUCAUAGAUUAAAUCCACAAAGAUAAAGAACAAAAAAAAUAGCAGCUUUUUUCUGUACAGACAUAUAGAUGAGUAUCUGAACCGUAAGAAAGUUAUAAAAGUGACACAAAAGACAAUGUGUAUGCAAAUGAUCCAUGGUCUAACAUAGAACUGCAAGACCCUUCGAGAAGUCUCAAUAAUAAAGAGAAAAGGUCAACAAAGCAUCAUAUACUUGAAUCCGGUUACUGCUUUUUUUUGUCUUCUCCAAUUUAUGUUUCUAGGUGUUUUUUCCUUGCAAGCCUGUGAAGGAAGGCAGGCUGCAACGAUGGAGAUCUCGGCCGCUUAUUUUCAGGUUUUCAUAAUUCAUUUUUGGCGGGCGGUUGACUUUUUUUGUACACCUAUUUGUUUAGCUCACCACUGCCAGUUUUGUCCAGAAUUCACUGGGAUGGGGACAGGGGUGGAGGGAGGGCUGGUUCUUUACCCCAUCCCUUUUAUCUUCUCCAUCACAAGAAAAAAAAAAAAAUCACAUUUUGUCCAGUUUUGAAAAAAAUAUCUAGACAAUUUGACUUUUUUAAAUUUUUUUUUUAAAUACCAGUGCAUGACUGAACAGAAGAUAUUGGUCAGGAUCUGUUUUGAACAGAGCAGUUGAUUACUGUGCUCCUUCCAUGACUACAAAAAAAAAUAGAAACUAAAAAACCAAACGAAAACAAACAAAGAGUUCAUUUUUUUUGGCAAAAUUUGGCAGCGUUGAAAAUGGUAACAGCCUUGGACGAAUGAUGGCCCUUUUUUAUUCUUUUACAUGUUCCUAAAAAGAUUAAAGAGCAACAUUAAAAAUCCAGUCCUUUUUUUAGUUUAGGGUUUUUUUGUGUGUGGUUUUGUUUGUUUGUGUUUUUUGUUUGUUUGUGUUUUUUUU